AUGGUUAGCUCUCGAUCGCCCAACGCCAUAAUUAUCGGUGCUGGUCCCUCUGGGAUCGCACUGGCAUACAAAUUGAAGCACACUCUAGGCUUUGAAGACUUUACCUUAUACGAGAAACUAGACGGUCCUGGGGGAACUUGGAGGACCAAUACGUACCCAGGAUGCGGUUGUGAUAUUCCCACUCACUUGUACUCCUUCAGUUUCAACCUGAAUUCGAAUUGGUCGAAAGUGCUCGCGGAUCAACCUGAGAUAUUGCAGUAUAUGGAAGACACUGUCGACAAAUUUUCGCUCAGAUCCCAUAUUUUGUCUUCCGUGGAAUGUCUCGGAGCAGAAUGGAACAAGGAGACCUCCCUAUGGCAUGUCAAAUUUCGCGAUCUACUCACAAAAAUUGAGUACACACGUACUGCUACCAUCUUGGUCUCAUGUGUUGGCGGAAUCUCGUUCCCCCGAGACGUCAAAUUCAAAGGCAAGGAGAACUUCAAGGGAAGCAUGUUCCAUACUGCUGAGUGGGAUCACAGUGUGAAUUAUAAAGGCAAGAGAAUGGCCGUCAUUGGAAAUGGCUGUAGCGCAGCACAGGUGGUUCCGAACAUCGCAGGCAAAGUUUCUUUCGUCAAGCAAUACGCAAGGAGCGCUCAGUGGUACCACGAUCGACCAAACAAGAGGUAUUCCGAAUUCGAGAAGUUUGCCUUCCGAGUAGUUCCCCUCUGGAUGCGGCUACUCCGCCUAUCAAUCUUUCUUGAUGCUGACGCUCAGUCUACUACUUAUUUACCGACUCCUGCGGGGAUCAAAGCAAGAGCGAAGGCCGAAGCUGAGUCGAAGGAGUACAUACAUGGCAAAACACCAAAAAAAUAUCAUGAUUUCGUUGUACCCACGUUCGCACUGGGUUGCAAACGGAGGAUCUUUGAUCCUGAUUACCUAGACUGUUUGAACCGCCCAAAUGUCGAUCUUGUAGCAGAGGGCAUUUCUGAGAUUACUGAAGAUGGGAUAAUCAGCAGCACAGGCACCAAGGAUGUCUUUGAUAUCAUUGUGUUAGCAACUGGUUUCCAGGUUUCUCAGUUCCUGACACCUAUGAAAGUGAUCGGCAAGCAAGGGAUAUCCCUCAAUCAGCAAUGGAGAGAAUGCAGAGGCGCUCAGGCUUACCUUGGAACUUAUGUUCACAACUUUCCCAACAUGGCAAUCAUUUUCGGACCCAAUACCUUCCCCGCCAACAACUCCGCCCUCUUCUCUUGCGAGGUCCAAGUCGACUUUGCCAUCAAAUCUCUAUUUAUACCCAUUCUCGAUCGACGCGUCUCCGUCAUCGAAGUCAAGCAAUCAGCCGAAGAUCGUGAAACAGCUAAAAUCCAUGAUGGGCUCCGCAACACUGUAUUCUCCGGCGCCUGUUCCAAUUGGUACAUCGGUGAUUUUGGGAGGAACGCAGCAAGCUGGGCGGGCACGGCUGCAAGUUUUUGGAGGAAGACUUAUUUCCCACAAUGGAAUGCGUUUUACAUGGAAGGUGGCGAGAAGCUUUGGUGGCUUAACACAAUGAGGAGAUGGGUGAGGAAUUUGAGUUGGCAGUCACGGUUGAGUGUUUUGGUUGUGGCCGCUUUCUACGGUUAUCAUACUUCCUUGCUAAGCAGAUUUUCUGUGGACACACCGAGUGUUGAGUUGCCCAUGGUGCCGGAAACGGGAUGGAAUCUAGUUUCCGUCGGAGGGGGAGAACUAGACAUUUCCGGGCGCUCUUGGACCUGCACUUGCAGUACCGAGGGAAGUGAAUUUGAGGUGGCGUCCGGAGGCUUCUCCAAUUUCACAGAGCCUGUGGGAGGAAGCAAAAUCAGCCAGGUCGCGAGUUUCAACGAACACGAGUUCAAUACCGCGAUAGAAAGCGCAAAAAUUGCACAACAACACUAUUACACUUCGACCACUGCAGCACAGCGAGUUGCAUUGUUUCGUAACUGGUACGAAUUAGUGAUCAAAAACAAGAAGGAUUUGGCCAUUAUUCUUUGUUUAGAAAACGGUAAGACCUUGUUGGAAGCAGAAGCCGAAGUUGUCUAUGCUGCAGACUUUAUUGCUUGGUUCGCGGCAGAGGCCCCAAGGUCGUAUGGAGAUUCAAUUCCAUCGUCAAUUCCGAACACAACUGUGAUGACCUUGAAACAGCCUAUUGGUGUCUGCGGCAUCAUCACUCCUUGGAACUUCCCCGCGGCCAUGAUAACUGGAAAGAUUGCACCCGCACUUGCGGCAGGAUGCGCUGUUGUUAUUAAGCCACCGAAAGAAACACCACACACCUGCCUAGCCCUUGUAAAGCUUGCUAUUGAAGCUGGAUUACCUCCAAAAGCCAUACAGGUCUGCACUACUAGUAACAGACAAGCAGCCACGAUGCUGGCGACUCAUCCAAGUAUCAGCAAGCUAUCAUUUACAGGAUCUACUGGUGUUGGGAAGAUGCUGGCAAAGCUUGCAGCAGGCACGUUAAAAAAGUGUAGCUUGGAACUAGAAGGGAAUGCUCCAUUUAUCGUUUUUGACGAUGCGAAUCUAGAUCAUGCUGUUGAAGCUGCUAUGAUCUGUAAAUUUCGAUGCACAGGUCAGACAUGCGUGUGUGCCAAUCGCCUCCUUGUGCACAAGGCUGUUGUAAAGGAAUUCACCUCAAAGCUCGUGCAAAAAGUCAGCGAACUUUCUAUAGGCUCAGGCAUCAACUCCAAGACGACUCAAGGCCCUCUUGUGAACAGAGCAGCAGUCGACAAGGUCAGGGAACAUGUUGAAGACGCUAUUGCGAAAGGGGGCAAGGUGGAAAUAGGAGGAUAUGCCCGAAAUACGUCAGGAUUGUUCUUCCUACCAACGGUCUUGACAGGCGCCACUAGGCAAAUGAAAAUUGCGACCGAAGAGACGUUUGGCCCUCUUGCCGCUAUUUUUGAGUUUACAACAGAGGAUGAGGCUAUAAGACUCGCCAACGACACUGAAUUCGGCCUCGCAGGCUACUUUUUUAAUAGAGACAUCGGCCGCAUUCUGAGGGUUUCCAGAGAGCUUCAAUGUGGCAUGGUUGGGGUUAAUACAGGAAAAAUCAGCGCUGCUAAGUCGCCGUUUGGUGGAAUCAAGGAAAGUGGAUAUGGACGCGAAGGGAGCAAAUAUGGAAUGGCGGAGUAUGAGAUCUUGAAGACUAUCACGAUAGGGAACACAGAUGUGCAUAUCGAUGCCGCCUACUGCUAUGAGAAUGAGGUGGAAGUAGGACAAGGACUUACCGAGGCAUUCCAAGCUGGCAUCAAAAGAAGAGAUGUUUUUGUAACGACGAAAUUAUGGUCCACCUUCCACUCACGAGUGGAAGAGGCCUUAGACGAGAGUCUGAAGAAUUUGGGCCUGGACUAUGUGAACCUGUAUCUCAUGCAUUGGCCAGUUGCUAUGAAUCCAAAUGCUCAUGGAAAAGCUUCUCGAUACGGCAAGGUUAAGGCUAUUGGAGUUGCGAACUUUAGCGUAAAAUACUUGGAAGAGCUUUUGGGACAUGUGUCAGUUGUGCCAGCAGUCAAUCAGACUGAGAACCAUCCGUUCCUGCCUCAGUAUGAUAACGUCGAUUUUUGCAAGCAAAAAGAUAUCCAUAUUACGGCCUACUCGCCGCUCGGCAGCGCUGGCUCUUCUUUGUUGACCGACGAGGGUAUCAAGAAAAUUGCAGAUGAGUAUCGAGUUUCAGCAUCAACAAUUCUCAUUAGUUUCCAUAUUUCGAGAGGCUUAUCUGUCUUGGCUAAGUCGGUGAACCCUCUGCGUAUCAAUUCGAACAAAGAGGUUGUGGAGAUUAACUGUAUGGACUUGAAAGCUUUGAAGACGUUGGCUGCCAAGAGAGGAUUUGUAACCCGCUACGUAUAUCCCGCUUUUGGUAUAGACUUCGGAUUUCCAGAUAAAAAGAACCAUUGA